AUGGUAAUACUUAUGUUUAUGCCUCUUUGUUUAUUUAAUAAAAAUUAUGAAGAUAAAGUGGGCUGGGGGGCCUUUUUAUAUCUUUUUGAGAAUGUUUUAUGCGUUGACCUUAAACAUACCAAAAAAGUUGUGGCGCAUAACUUAAGAUAUAAAAUUACUUUUUUAAGUCAAAAUAUUCAAACAACAAUAAAUUCUCGUAAUUUGAUUGGAAGUUGGAUAUCCCUUCUUUGA